AUGGGACAAACACUCUCGGAGCCCGUCGUCGAUAAGGCGUCCGCCAAGGGCGAGGAUGGUCGCAUGCUCUACGGCGUGUCUGCCAUGCAAGGAUGGCGUAUCAGCAUGGAGGACGCCCACUGCACUAUUCUUGACCUGCUGAAACCCGAUAGCGACGAGGCCAAGUCGCACUCGUCGAGAUUAUCCUUCUUCGGCGUCUUUGAUGGUCACGGAGGCGACAAGGUGGCGCUGUACGCCGGCGAAAACAUCGAUGACAUCCUGGUCAAGCAGGACACUUUCAAAGCCGGAAACUACGAACAGGCCCUCAAGGACUGCUUCUUGGCAUGCGACCGGGCGAUACUGAGUGAUCCGAAGUACGAAGAGGAAGUGUCAGGCUGCACCGCUUGCGUCGGCUUGAUCACGGAAGACAAGAUCUACAUUGCUAACGCUGGCGAUUCGCGAAGUGUUUUGGGAGUCAAAGGUCGCGCUAAGCCCCUGUCAUUUGACCACAAGCCACAGAACGAAGGCGAGAAGGCGCGUAUCACCGCCGCCGGCGGGUUCGUCGACUUUGGUCGCGUGAACGGCAACCUGGCCCUGUCGCGUGCCAUUGGUGACUUUGAAUUCAAGAAGAGCGCCGAACUUGCUCCGGAGCAACAAAUCGUUACCGCCUACCCUGACGUAGUUGUACACGAGCUGAGCGAUGACGAUGAGUUCUUGGUCCUUGCCUGUGACGGUAUCUGGGACUGCCAGUCUUCCCAGGCCGUCAUCGAGUUUGUCCGGAGAGGCGUUGCUGCCAAGCAAGACCUUGACAAGAUCUGUGAGAACAUGAUGGACAACUGCCUGGCCUCCAACUCGGAGACCGGUGGCGUUGGCUGUGACAACAUGACCAUGAUCGUCGUGGGUUUCCUACGCGGCAAGACCAAGGAGGCUUGGUACGAGGAGGUCGCGAACCGCGUAGCCAAGGGCGACGGUCCUUGCGCUCCUCCGGAAUACGCCGAGUUCAGAGGUCCCGGCGUCCACCACAACUUCGAUGAUAGCGACAGCGGAUAUGACGUGGACAUGGAGAACAAGUCAAAGCCUUUCGGCAUUGGUGGGUACAAGGGUCGUAUUAUAUUCUUGGGCGAUGGCACUGAGGUAUUGACAGACUCGGAUGACACCGAGAUGUUUGACAAUGCCGAAGAGGACAAGGACCUAGCCAGCCAAGUCUCAAAGUCAUCCUCGGGAGACGACGGCGAGGAGAGCAGCGGCCCCCCGCCCAGAGCCCCCUCGCCCCCGGCCCGAGAGAAGAAGUCCAACAACCCCACCGAGAGCAAGUCGGAGUCCACAUCAAAAGAUACCCCUGCGGAGGCGGCCAAGGCGGAGACCAAGGAGGAGUCCAAGACGGAGGCCAAGGAGUGA